AUGUCCAAGACUCCAAAUAACCAGAAACACAAACUAUUUGGCUUUGCGACAGGUUUAGACAUUGUUAUUGGCUACAGUAUGAAGUCAGUCCCGGACCCCGGUGCAGUGUCUGUCUGCAGUGCUACUAGAUACAAAAAUUCAUCUCUUACAAAGAUGUUCGGCAUUUUGAGCAGACUCUCAUUAGCGCUGGCGCUUGUUGCCAUCUUAUUCAGCUUGAUCGACCUGAGCGAAGCAAACUACAAGAAUGCUCCCAUGAAUGGUAUUAUGUUUGGAAAAAGAGGACCAUCUGAUUAUGAAUCCCGAGGGAAAACCUUCACUGUUUUGUGUGAAAUCGCAACAGAAGCUUGUCAGGCCUGGUUCCCUUCUCAAGAAAAGAAA